GCUCAGCAACAUUCAUCCUAACACUAGUACAAGUUGGACAACAGUGGAGCAAAAUUAAACAGAGUAAUGACUUCCCAAUUCCCUAAAAACAGAGUAAUGACUUCCCAAUUCCCUAAAAACAGCCCUUACACCAUACUAUAUGAAGUACUUCUAUGUGACUGUGACUCAAAAUAAGAAUUUGGAAGGUGGAGUUGGGUUGAAGACUGAAUGGAGAAUGUUCAGAGCGCAUUCAGUAAGAUUUCGAAACAUGCAGAAUCAACUCAUCCUCUAAAUUCUUCUACAUCUUUAAGUAUUCUCAACAAGCUCACACCUGAGAAGUAUGAUCUUCUCAAGGGCCAGCUAAUUGAUUCUGGUAUCACAUCAGCUGAGAUUCUGAAGGGGGUUAUUUCAUUGAUAUUUGACAAAGCUGUUCUCGAGCCUACAUUUUACCCCAUGUACGCGCAGUUAUGUUCUGAUCUGAAUGAAAAGCUUCCUCCAUAUCCACCAGAGGAAGCUGGUGCAAAAGAAAUUACCUUUAUGCGUGUUCUCUUGAACAUAUGUCAAGAGGCAUUUGAAGGUGCUGACAAUCUGAGAGCUGAAUUAAGGCAGAUGACAAGCCCUGAGCAAGAAGCUGAACGACGAGAUAAAGAAAGAACGCUGAAACUUCGUAGUCUUGGGAACAUUCGCCUUAUUGGUGAACUUUUCAAGCAGAAAAUGGUGCCUGAAAAGAUUGUGCAUCAUAUUGUACUGGAGCUAUUGGGUCCUGACAAUAAAAGUUGCCCAGAAGAGGUGAAUGUUGAGGCCAUAUGCCAAUUUUUCAGCACAAUUGGUAAGCAGCUUGAUGAAAACCCAAAGUCCCGGCGUAUCAAUGAUGUUUAUAUGAGCCGCUUGAAGGAACUAAGCACACUCGAUCAACUGGCCCCUCAUCUGCGUUUCAUGGUCUGCGAUAUCCUUAAUCUGCGAACAAACAACUGGGUUCCUAGGAGUGAAGAGGAUAAAAAAUGUGAGUUCUUUAGGUGGAUUGAUGAGCAAGGCAAGGAAAAUAGUGAUCUUAGAUUUCAGAUCUUGGAGAAGGAGACUACCAUAGCUAAUAUGGAGUAUGAGAAGAGUUUAAUGGUUGACAAAAUCAAAAAAUUACAGCUUGAAAAGGACAACCUGGAAAAAGAUCUACAAGAGAUAAAAUUUGAGCUUUCACAACUUCGUAUUGAGGUGUUGAAGACUUCACGCAAUGAGAAAAAUUUGAUUAUGGCUUUGUUUGUUUUAUGCCCUCUUUUUGCCAUUCUGCUGUUGUACCUAAAAUAGAUUGGCAGUGGGUUUUCCUUUGUAAUGAUUGUUGUUCAAUCGACUGAAUGCAAAAAAAUUGUUGAAGCUGAAAACAUGUUGUGAUGUGUUUGAUGAACAAUAGGUUUAGUGAAUGCGAAAAAAUUGUUGGAGCAAAAUACACUUA